UUGAAACAAAUGGCUGAGGAGUCAGGCCUUAAAGUCACGGAUCAGGAGAUUUGGUUUGAGCUAGUUGGUAGCUUUGAUCAAAAGAAUAGGAUUAAAGGAGUCGGAGAUCUUGCCGAACAAAUGAAACCCCUUAAACCUAGAUAUCAAGGCAGAAGAAAGAGUGCUAGUGAUAUUUUAGAGAUUGAGCGGCUGAGAGCGGAGAAUAAGGUCAUGAAGGCAAGGUUGGAUAAUAUUGAGUUCACAGUUGCUGAACAAAUUCAAAGAAUGUGUGGUGGAAAUCUUCCGACACCUCGAGACCCUGACGUUGACGCACUCUGUGGCGUCGGAAAACAAAUCAAAAGGGUGGAAACACCCAUUGUGCGAUACAUGUGGGAGACAUCAUCCAGGCGAGUGUUGGCUUGCCCAAGGAUUUUUCUAGGUUGCGGCAAACCUGGACAUUUUCGAAGGAAUUGCCCCACUAAUCCUGGCAAACCAUUUCCGACAGCCCCAGUUGUCAGCCAAUCAGCAUCAGCACGACCUGCGCCAAGUCAACGAUCAACGGCAAGAUCUAAUCCGGCCAAGAACCAGAGUCAGCAACAGGGACGAGCUCCUGCUCGUACUUAUGCAAUGAAGGCACGAGCUGAGGAAAACCCUGACGUCAUUCAGGGUAUGUUUUCCUUAUUUGAUUCUGUCAUGCAUGUGUUGAUAGACCCUGGAUCAACGUUAUCUUAUAUCUGCGUGCCUAUACCUGACAAGGCUGACAUAAUGAAAGAACAAUUGGAACAACCUAUACUAGUGUCUAACCCGUUAGGACAUAGUAUGAG